UGGAAUUUUAAUUAAUCAAAGUCAAAAUUGAAAACCCUAAAAAAGAAAUUUCCCAAAUCUGAUUGGAAUCCUGUGCCCUAACUAACAUCGCACUUAUCGGACUAUCACUCACGACGGUUCCGGAGUCCUCCGUUCAUCGUGUCUCUUCGCCGGCGGCUGAGCCUCCGCAUUGAGUCUUAUCAAGAGCGAAAGAAAAAGAGAGAAAAACUGGGGAAGCGAAAGAAAGCGAAAGGUAAAGGGAGAGUUCGAGUGAUGGAGAGUUCGGGGUUGGGUGCUGUGGAUUGCGACGUUGGAUCGAUUGUGUGGGUUAGAAGAAGGAACGGUUCGUGGUGGCCGGGUCAAAUACUGGGUCCCGAUCACCUUUCUGCUUCUCAUCUCACAUCGCCUCGUUCAGGAACUCCGGUUAAGCUUCUCGGAAGGGAAGAUGCUAGCGUAGAUUGGUACAAUUUGGAGAAAUCCAAGCGCGUGAAGACAUUCCGGUGUGGUGAAUUUGAUGGAUGUAUUGAAAGGGCAGAGUCUGCCCAGGGUAUGCCCUUAAAGAAAAGAGAGAAAUAUGCUCGCAGAGAAGAUGCUAUUCUUCAUGCUCUUGAACUCGAGAGGCAAAUGUUAAAGAAACAAGAAAAAAUAGGACUGGAGCAAGUAGGUGUAGCUCACCGAUCAAAGAGGAGCAAGUUUGUUUAUUUUCCUACCGAAUCUAGUGAUUCUCUGGAUUACAAGGAGAUUCCUGCCAAUGUUGCAAUGUCAGCUUCCCAACUUGGAGGGGAUUAUGCUUAUUGCAGUUCUUUGGCCGAUGAGAGUGAAUCUGCUUUUAUGGAUGUUGUUGAAUCUGAUUCUUUUGAAACUGGUUCUGCUAAUGCUGAUUCAGAUUCCUCUGAAAUGGAACUUGACAAAGACGACGAGACGAUUACACUUUCAGAAACUUGUCAUGAAACUGAAGAACAAGAAAGCACUAGUAGUGAGGAACUUGACGAGUUGACAAUUUCUCGCAACAUUCCUCACAUAUAUCCUCGUGAGCAUAUAUCAGGUAAUGAAGCAGUAUCCAAAUGGAAAUUAAAAGGAAAAAGGAAUAAUCGUAAUCUUGUGAAGAGGUCUGUUGGUGCUCCUGAUGGGAGAGGUGUUGUUUUUUGCGGAGCAGAUGUUGAAGGACCGAGAAGUCGUUUAAAUCACAAGAGAUUGGAUCGGAGUAUGCAUUACUAUGUGAAUGACAUUAGUGAUGUUUUUGAUGACCCAGAUCAGAAGUUUGGGUUUGAAGAUGAAGAUUCUCCAACUUCCAAAGCUCUAGGAAAAGGUAAAAAUAAAAUUGGUCAUGGUGUUGAAUGGGAUGAAUGGGCUUGGGAAGAUCAGACUGCUCUAAAAGGAUAUUGGGAAAGUAAAGGGUUUGGUCCAUUAAAUGGUGAUCGUUAUAAUUUUGAUGGAAGGAGGUCAAUGCUGGUUGAUGUAGACUUGAAGGUUCAAGCAAGCUAUAGGAAAGCGCCUGUCCCCAUUGUUUCUAUCACAAGUGAGCUAGAUGGGAAGUCGAUAAUAGGGCACCCAAUCCAAAUUGAGGCCCUUAAGGAUGGUUCAUCGGAUAGUCUUUUUUCUGUAAUUGAUGACUUUAGUAGCGAGGGGAUUGGCUUUGAGGGAAGUAGUGUACUUCCACCCGCUUGGAGAACUGCAAGGAGAACAGCAAAUUUUCGUGUUCCUCGCCCUCUUGUAUUGUCAUCUAAUGAUGUUGAGAGGGAUGCAGAUUUUUCCAUAGAUCAAGAAAGAAGUGUUGAAUAUAAGAAAUUAAAUGAUGGAAGUUCCAGUCAUAAGGCAAACCUUUCCAGGAAGAGUGGCCUCAACGGUCCUGCACUCUCGGUAGAUAAGAAGUCCACAAAAAAGAUGCCAAAGAAAGUGAGCUUGUCAUCAUCAAGUCAGAAAACUAGAACUCUGUCCUCAUUAUCUAUUGAAAGUAAUCUUGGUAAAAAUCAAUUACAUGAUAGAAGUUUUUAUCAAACAAAUAGGUUGACUAAACCAGAGGUCCCUGAGCUCACUACUGUCGCUUGCAUACCAGUCAAAUUAGUAUUUAGUAGAUUACUUGAGACUAUUAAUAGGCCACCUUUAAAAUCAGCUAGUAAUGCGGCUUUGUCAAAUACUGGCGUGGAGAGAAAAUAAUAGGUCACAUGUACAUUGUUUAUAUAUGACAACAAUAAUUUUAGCUGUGGCUUGGGUAUGUCUUCUUUCUAACAAAAGAGAAAUCUCUUGAGAUUUAUUGUUAGCUUUUUUUGAUGAAUUUGUAGUAUAGACCCCAAUUCAUCAUGUAACUAGAUAAAAAUAUAGGGUGCUUGAACCAUUGUAUUUUAUGUAUAUCUGUUUUCUCGAUCCUAACAUUACAUUUGGAAACAGUA